CACAACAACUAUGAAAUCUUGCCCAUUACAUCUACUUCCUCUUUUAGUUGUAUUCACACAUGGGAAGUGGCUGGGGGAGGAAGUGUGAGAGUGACUGUGAGUGAAAGCAGAAGGCUUGGAGGAUGAAGGAGUCGAGCCUCUAGUUCGGUCUUGCUGAGGGGCUCAACCCAGGGGGACCCGUGCGAGGCUGAAAAUGUACCUGCUGCUGCUCUUUCCCCUCCUCUUCUGGGUUCCAGGCUCAUCAGUUCCCAUCACGGGUCCAGAAGCAGUGAGAGGUCAGGAGCGGGGAGUCUUGACUGUGCAGUGUCGCUAUGACCCAGGAUGGAAGACCUACCUGAAGUGGUGGUGUCGAGGGGCUGUUUUAGGAAGCUGCAAGAUCCUUGUUCAAACCAAUGGAUCAGCGUUUGGGGAGAAGGACCGUGUGUCCAUCCGGGACCAUCAGACAAACCGCACAUUGACUGUGACCAUGAAAGAGCUCAGGCAAGAAGACACAGACACUUACUGGUGUGGGAUUGAGAAAACUGGAACUGACCCUGGGUUCCGUGUUAAAGUGACCAUUGAACCAGCACCAACUACAGUGUUGACCCCCACCUCUGCCAUCGCCUCCACUGCCAACGCGUUCACAGUACCAGACACCCCAGAAAACUCCACAGGCUUCCUGAAUGUGACCAGCCAGCACUCCGAUGGCAGUGGCGACUCCCCGAAGCUCUUCAUCCUCCUGCCCCUACUCUUUACUCUGUUGCUGCUUCUCUUGGUGGCAGCCUCACUGUUGGUGUGGAGAAUGGUGAAGCGACAGAGGAAAGCUGCUGGGAUAUCCCCAGAGCAGGUGCUCCAGCCCCCGGAGGACAAUGUCUGCUAUGCCAACCUGAACCUGAAGCAGACAGGAGCCUCGCCCAGCUCUCCCAGGAAGAGGGCCCCCACACAGCCCUCCUCCUCUGCCCAGGACGACCAGGGGGAAGUGGAGUACAUCACCAUGGCCCCCUUUCUGGACAAGGACAUUUGCUAUGCAGCUCUGUCUCUGGACACCUCAGAUCAGGACUCAAUCUACAUCAACACACAGGACCUCAUCACCCCCCGUCCCAGCAGGAGCCAGGAGGAGCUCAUCCAAUACAGUGCCAUCAGGAAGCCUUAGCUGUGCUAAGGACCCCCUGCCUGACCCCACAUGAGGCUUGUCAGCAUGUUCCUGCCUCGUCUGCUUUCUGCUCCCAGUCCUCUCAUCGCUCCCAGCCCGGAACUGGGCUCCAAGCCUGGUCUCAGGGGGAUUCUGGGAGAUAGAAAGGGGUUUCCCCAUUUUCCUUCCUCUCCCAGAGGCUGGGGCUAUGGUCUGGGGUAGCUGAGGGAAGAAUAAUGAUGAUCAUGACAUUAAUAGCAACAAACGUCUAUUUAUUGCUGCCAUGUGUGAUGGGUUGAAUAACAGCUCCCAAUGCUAUGUAUGUACUAAUCUCCAGAAUCCGUGAGCAUUAGCUUCUUUGGCCAAAGGGGCUGGGCAGAUGUAAUUAAAUGAAGGAUUUGGAGAUGCGGAGAUUGUUCUGCAUUAUCCUGGCAGGCCCUAAAUAGAACCACAAGGGUCCUCCUUGUAAGAGGGAGGCAAGAAGGUCACAAGAGAAGGCGCUGUGACGAUGGAAGCAGAGGUUGGAAUGACGCGGCCAGGAGCCAAGGAAAGCUGUAGCCUCUAGAAGCUGGAAAAGUCAAGGACUGGAUGCGUCAGAAGGAACCAGCCUCGCGGAGACCCUCACCUAAACCCAGUGAAAGGGAUUUGGAACUUUUGGCCUCCAGAACUGUAGGAGCAUAAAUGAACAUUGUUUUCAUUGAGCCACUAAAUUGAAGGUAUUUGGUUAAGCCACAUUGGGAACAGAUACCCUAUUGUGGCAGGUGCUCUUUCCUAAAUGCUCUACCUAUAGAAACUCAUUCAAUCCUCACAACAGGGCGCCUCCAUUACUGCCCCAUUUUACAGAUGAAGAGUCGAGGUCCAGAGAGAGUCUGGGCCACUACCCUGCACUGUGAGUCUAGGGAGGAUAGUGUGUGUGUGUGUGUGUGUGUGUGUGUGUGUGUGUGUGGGCACCUGCAUUCACACAGCAAUAGUUAGUGAAUAUUUACAAACUCCGGACUCACCAUGCUUCUUCUAGAGUCCUGGUAGCCCUCUCUCCAGAGAAGUGGUCAGCAAACUGCGGCUCUCGAGCCACAUGCGGCUCUUUGGCCCCUUGAGUGUGGCUCUUCCUAAGCCUUAGGAGUACCCUAAUUAAGUUAAUAACAAUGUACCUACCUAUAUACUUUAAGUUUAAAAAAUUUGGCUCUCAAAAGAAAUUUCAAUCGUUGUACUGUUGAUAUUUGGCUCUGUUGACUAAUGCGUUUGCCGACCACUGCUCCAGAGCAUGUCCUGAAUCCUGUCCAGUCCCAUUGUCUCCAUGGUGACCAGCCUCGUUCAAGCUGCCAUCCAGUCCCCUGGCUGGAGUCCCUCUUUCCAUCUGUGUCCAUUCUCCCAGCAGCCAGACCUGCUCACUCCCUGCUUAUCACCCUUGGGUGGCUUCUUCCACAGCCUAUGAGGCCACCGGGAUCCAUGGUCCCUGCCUGAGCCUAUGACCCUGUCUCUGCCAACUCUCCCUGCCCCUUGCUGUCCUUCACCCCCAGGGGCCUUCCUGCUGUCCUUGGAACUUAAUAAGGCUUGUUAACCCUCACCUGAGGAUAUAUAUUUUUUCCAUUGAUUUCCUUAGAGAGAGUGGAAGGGAGGGGGAGAUAGAGAGACAGAGAUAGAGAGAGAGAAAACAUCGAUGUGGGAGAAACACAUCAAUUGGUUGCCUCAGGGUUGGGGGCCUGGAAGUGUUUAGGGGCCAUUAUCAGUGGGUUCUGGGGCUGGCCUCACUUCUCACAGCUGUGGACACCCAAGGGGCCUGGGGAGGAUGGUGGCCAUCCCAGCAUGAUUGUGCUCUCCCUCCCGGGGGAAUUCCCUAGCAUGGCCACAGCUUUACGAUCCGAUCAUGGGGAAUUUGCAGAGUCCUGACAAGCUUACAUAUUCUUGGGCUGGUCAUUUAUGCUGCUGGGGUCAGAGAGAGACCGUGUGACCCUGGCCGUUUUAGGAUUUACACCGAACAGGAAGUGCUGACAGAGAGAUCUUUAAAUGGAAAAGGUCAACGUUAAGCAAAAUCAGAGUGAGGCAAAAUAGAAAAAUAAAAGUCAAAAUAGAAAGCCCUGGGCCAGGGCACCGCUGUGCCAUUUUAACUUCUGUGUAUAACGGGGUUUUACUGCUGAGUUUUUAAGCAGCCAGCGCCAAGCAGAAUCCACAAGUACCUGGGUUUGUCGGACUAGUUACAUCUUUUCUAGUAACUAGUGGAGUUCCUGCCAUGAAUCUCCUGACAUAAAUCGAGAAACACCGGGGAGACUAGAAUGCAGCUCAGUUUAGUUUGGCUGGAGGACUCUGGUUGCUUCUGCCUUUUUCUGGACCGUGGAUAUGGGCUGGAAAUGGAAGUUUCUGGCAGCCUGGCUGAGCUGAGGAAAAAGAAACCAGCUUAGAAAGACAGAUCCAUGCCUGGCUGGCGUGGCUUAUUGUUGAGCAUUGACCUAUGAGCCAGGAGGUCACGGUUCCAUUCCCUGAUCCCCAGUAUGGGGCGUGCAGGAGGCAUCCGAUCAAUG